UCUCUUGUACUUUUGAGCAGAGGAGAAGACCGGAAUUGAGCUCUUACAAAUCAGUUGAGUUUAACCGGGCGCACACCGCGAGAAUGAGAGAAAUAGUUCACAUACAAGCCGGACAAUGUGGGAAUCAGAUUGGCACCAAGUUUUGGGAAAUUAUCAGCGAUGAACACGGAAUCGAUCCGGCAGGAAACUAUGUGGGUGACUCAUCACUUCAAAUCGACAGGAUUAAUGUGUAUUACAACGAAGCGUCCUCACACAAGUAUGUUCCCAGAGCAGUCCUUGUGGACUUGGAACCUGGGACCAUGGACAGUGUCCGGUCAGGGACCUUUGGACAGCUAUUCAGACCUGACAACUUUAUCUUCGGGCAGACAGGAGCAGGGAACAACUGGGCCAAGGGCCACUACACUGAGGGAGCAGAGCUAGUUGACUCUGUGCUGGAUGUAGUGAGGAAGGAGUGCGAGAACUGCGACUGCCUCCAGGGCUUCCAGCUAACCCACUCCCUGGGUGGGGGCACAGGCUCGGGCAUGGGCACCCUGCUCAUCAGCAAGAUCCGCGAGGAGUACCCCGACCGCAUCAUGAACACGUUCAGCGUCAUGCCCUCUCCCAAGGUGUCGGAUACGGUGGUUGAACCGUACAAUGCCACCCUCUCUGUGCACCAGCUGGUGGAGAACACGGACGAGACAUACUGCAUUGACAACGAGGCACUCUACGACAUCUGCCUCCGUACCCUGAAACUGACCAUGCCCACUUACGGAGACCUCAACCAUCUGGUGUCGGCCACCAUGAGCGGCGUGACCACCUCACUGCGGUUCCCCGGUCAGCUCAACGCCGACCUUCGCAAACUGGCCGUCAACAUGGUGCCCUUCCCCCGCCUGCACUUCUUCAUGCCUGGCUUUGCACCGUUAACCGCCCGAGGGAGCCAGCAGUACCGCACCCUGACGGUGCCGGAACUCACCCAGCAGAUGUUCGAUGCCCGCAACAUGAUGGCGGCGUGCGACCCACAUCACGGCCGCUACCUCACCGUGGCCACUGUAUUCCGCGGGCCCAUGUCCAUGAAGGAGGUGGAUGAGCAGAUGCUGGCCAUCCAGAACAAGAACAGCAGCUACUUCGUGGAGUGGAUCCCCAACAACGUCAAGGUGGCCGUGUGUGACAUCGCACCCCGCGGCCUCAAGAUGGCCUCCACAUUCAUCGGCAACAGUACAGCCAUCCAGGAGCUGUUCAAGCGCGUCUCGGAGCAGUUCUCGGCCAUGUUCCGCCGCAAGGCCUUUCUGCACUGGUUCACCGGGGAGGGCAUGGACGAGAUGGAGUUCAGUGAGGCAGAGAGCAACAUGAACGACCUAGUGUCUGAGUACCAACAGUACCAGGAGGCCACGUCCAAUGACGGGGAAGAGACAUUUGACGAUGAGGAAGAAGAGCUCAAUGAGUAAGGAGAAUGUGGACAGAAUUUGUUUUGAAGUGUACUGUUUUGAAAUGUGACGUUUUUUUUUAUGUCCGGAGGUCACGGAAGCAGUGGUGGAAAUAAAACGUUUUAAAGGCUUUGAAA